AUGCAUCGUUUUCUGGCAGAUUCUCUAGGAAAGACCUGCAAGUCAUGUGGGUGCGACCGUCUGAAGCACUCGGUGUACCAUGAGGAGCUGGGCUCAGUGCGGGAUCGUCUCGGGUUACGGGAGUCCAGGGUUAACCACCAUUCAUACGACAGCCCACCAGGACUUACUGCUAAGCAGACCGAACUUUAUUGGUCAUCGUUAGCAGAACGCGCACCAACAGAUGGUGGCGCCACCGGCGCUGCAGCGUGGAGGGCCUGGCGAACUAAAGCUUUAGCUUCGCAAUUACCGAAGCAAGAUUUAUCGCUAGCACACUGUAGACAUAUAGACGAGGGACAUCGCAAGCAAUAUGAAGACUUUGUUGCCGCUAGGAACGAAAUUGCACUCGAUAUUGGCGUUGCAAGUCAAUAUCACGGUGCAUCAAUGGACUGUAUGGGAUGUAAUAAACCAAUUCGAAGUGGAAGCAUUACAGUGCAAGCUCCACGGAUAGGGGAAGAUGCAUAUUUCCACCCAACAUGCUUCUCAUGUGCGGAAUGUGAUGAAUUGCUGGUAGAAUUGGCGUACUGCGCGUUAGAUGGAAGGUUGUACUGUGUCCGGCAUUAUGCGGAAAGAUUGAAGCCUAGAUGUCAUGCCUGUGAUGAGAUUAAUGUAAAGCAAGAAGAAAGACUUCAGGGUAUGAUGCACAACUUCCCGCCGCUUUUACCUGAAAUAUACUAA